UCGUGAGAAAUUCGUGAAAAGCUGAAUUUGGAUUAAUUUACUUAAAUAUUUCUAUAACUGCUUGUUUUUUUGGACAAAUGGUAAAGAAGUAGCGUGCGAUUUUUACCUAAAGCGAAAUCACAGGAACCAAAAACAUAAAAAAUGGGUGAUGUAUACGUAGAAACUGUUGCUCACGCUAAAAUUGUUCUUCACGCCGCAAAGUACCCACACUGUGCAGUCAAUGGCUUGUUAAUUGCUGAAAAUCAAGGAAAGGCGAACAAGGAUGAUCUUGUAAUUGUCGAUGCCGUUCCACUUUUCCACCAUAGCCACAACUUGGCACCCAUGGCAGAGAUUGCUCUCACAAAGGUAGAUUUGGACACUCAGGCGAAAAAUAGAAUGAUCGUAGGAUACUAUGCUGCAAGUGAAAAUUUCUAUGAAAACACUCCAGAGAGGUGUCCAUCACAAAAAAUUGCAGAUAAAAUUCUGGAGUUUUAUCCAAAAGCUGUUUUUGUUGUGGUUGACAAUAAGAAUUUCUUGCCUCCAGAAAGUGUUAAAGAAGGUCUAAAAGGAUUCAGAUACAGUGACUCCAAAUGGAAACAAAUCAAGCCUAAAAAUAUGCUAAUUGCACUUCCAGACAUUGAAUUAAUAGUUUGGCUAUUGAGUACCAAGAGUAACAAGAUUUUGGUGGAUUUUGAUAAUUAUUUGGAUGAUAUGACACUGGAUUGGAACAACUCUGAAGUUGAGAAAACAAUAAGUAAACAUAAAAAAAGUUCAGCCAGUGAUAAAAAUGAUUCACAAUACAUAAGACAUGAUGAUAAUGAAGAUGAAGAAUUAUCCCAAGACAGCUCAGAAUAAUGUGUGUUCUAUCUCUGCAAAUAUUUAAACUAAAUGAUAUAUAAUAAUUGAAAAAUAUGCUCCUUUACUAAUAAAAAUGUUUGUACAUACAAAUUUAGAAGCUGUGUUUUGUUUUUUCAGAUACAUUGAAAAAGUAGUUAGAUAAGGACAAAAUAUUGUAUAACAAUGUA